AUGCAAUUCAAAGUUCUCGCCACCCUCGCACUCGGUGCUACCCUUGCUGCUGCCACAGGUUCCCCCUCCAACCAGUGCGACACUGGUAGCCUUCAGUGCUGCAACAGCACCGGAACCGCAAGCGACGGAGCGAUCUCCAAGCUCCUUGGCCUUUUGGGCAUCGUCGUUCAAGACGUCACCGCCCUCGUCGGCGUCAACUGCACCCCCAUCACCGUCAUCGGCGCUGGAGGUGACUCCUGCACUGCUCAACCCGUUUGCUGCACCAACAACUCGUUCAAUGGCGUUGUUGCCCUUGGCUGCACCCCGAUCAAUCUCAACCUUUGA